CCUCUGCUGACGCCUUCUCCUGCGCGCUCAACAAGGGCCCCUCCACACCACACACAUGGCCUGCUACGACCUCUGCCGCCCCUGCGGACCCACCCCGCUGGCCAACAGCUGCAACGAGCCCUGUGUCAGGCAGUGUGAGGACUCCCGCGUCGUCAUCCAGCCUUCCACCGUGCUGGUCACCCUGCCAGGACCCAUCCUCAGCUCCUUCCCCCAGAGCACCGCCGUCGGAUCCUCCUCAUCCGCUGCCGUGGGCAACGUCCUGGGUGCCCAGGGAGUGCCCGUCUCCUCUGGGGGCUUCGGCUACGGCCUUGGCUACGGCUUCGGAGGCCUGGGCUGCUAUGGCAGGGGAAGAGGCUGCAACAUCUGCUAAGGGCCAUUGACAACACGCAUGAAACCACUCACGUACAUUCUAGAAGCAAAGGCAUGGACUGAGGACUCACGUCUGCUGGCACACCAGUUCACCUUCCAGAGCUCCUUCUCUUAGGGCAAAAAGAAAUCAGGGAACGGGACUGAACAGGUUGCCUGGUAACGUGGUCCUUGGACCCCCUCCUCUUCUUCAAAUACCUU